ACUGGCAGCUCGUUUCACUUUCGCUGCCGCCGCCCCCUAGCUCGGGAUUGUGCCACUUCUUGUGUCCCCCUUCCCCCGCAGCCCCCGCCUCCUCGGCCAUGGAGGCUCUCAGGACCCGGGUGGUGAGCACACUGGAUGGCAUGGGCCCGUCCGAGCUGAAAGAGUUCAAGUUUUACCUGAGGAACUCCGGGGAGGAGCCCCGCAUCACCAUGCAGGACCUAGAUACGGCCUCCACGACCUUGGAGCUGGCCGAUCUGCUGCUGAAGCGUUAUGUCGUGUCCGGGACCCCCAGGGUCUUAGCCCGGGUGUUCCAGAGGAUGCGCCGGACCGACCUGGUAGCUGAGUGGGAAAUGGCUUCAAGGAUGAAUUUGAAGAGACGGUAUGAAAGUGAUGGCCCUGAAUUGGAAUGUUAUAACAUGGACCAGACUCGAAAGGCUUUUGUGAUGUGUGUGAAGACAGGCAGACCAGGGGCUGAACAAGAUAUAAACAGAAUAAGAAACUGGCUUGAAGAGUGUAAGUUUGAAUGCGUAUCAUGCAUUGAUCCUAAUGAAAAGGAGUUAAUGGAGAAAUUAACAGAGUUUCGAGAUGGAAUAAAUGGAAUAAAAGAUGAUGUUAGCUGCUGCCUUGUUACUCUUAUGGCCCAUGGAGGAAAAGGCUUUAUAAAAACAGUAUUGGAUGAAAGAGUCAUCUUAUCAGAUAUUUUUGAAAUGUUCAACAAUGAAAACUGUCCAGCACUUCAAGAGAAACCCAAAAUCUUUGUAAUCCAGGCUUGUAGAGGAGAUAGAAAAGAUGGUGGUGUUGUUCAAGCUGAUGAUGAAGCAAUGGAAUUGGAUUAUUCAGAGAAAAAGCGACUGCCCACAUUCAGUGAUUACUAUAUCAUCUAUUCCACCCAAGAAGAUUAUGUUGCUUUACGCCACCCAAAAAAUGGUUCUGUGAUGAUUCAAGAAAUAGAUGAAGUCUUUCGGCAAGGGAGCAAGAAGCUGCAUAUUGUGGAUUUUUUUACUCAACCAAACUGGCCUGCUCUCUGGUCCUGUAGCCUCAGACCCUGUCUUUGUCUCUUCCUUGGAAUUUACUCUGUCUUCACUUCUGCCUCUUGGAAUCUCAAGCUCUGGGUUACUUCCUAUACAAAGGUGAACAACAGAGUGGUGCACACAGACUUCUACAUGAAUAAGAAUCCUGUAAAGGUGGUGCUGGUCAUGGAGUCCACUCUCACCAAAGCUGUGUACUUUUGACACUUGGUGGAAGAAGACAAGGUGGAGGAUUUAAAGUACAAAGAAUAAUUUGUUUAUGCAGUAGCAUUAUGCUUCACACUGUAUAAAACACUAGUCCUUAUGUACGUUGGUUGGAAUCUGCUGGGGAGGUUGCUAUGAUGUACACAUCCUAGACGGUAGAUGAGAGUGAGAACAGAUGUGAACUAAAGACAGAGGUCUCUGUAUAGGAGUUCUUUCUGUCAAAAGAUGAAUUUCUCCAAUUGUUUUUUUUUUAAAUUUAUUUUCAUGUUUCUAGGAUUUUUUAAAAAAUGUUUUUUUUUACUACUUGAACUUUUAAUUCCUUUUAUUAAAAAAAGUUAAACCUUUGUUCCCUGAGUCAUUUCAGAUUCUACCGGCCACAGGAGGAUAGAAAUGGGCAAAAUCAGUCCCUGACAUCAAGGAACUCUCAGUCUAAUGCGAGGGACAAGUAAAUGACCGUGUUUGUGUAGAUAUGUGUGCAACUAUUUGCAUAUGUGUAUAUUUAUGUAUAGAUACAUAUACACGUAUUUAUACACAUAUGUACACACCCACACAUGUGCACAGGGUGUUUCAGCUAUUAAAUCUUAAAACUACAUGAAGAA